AUGGACCCUUAUCUGGGCAUCUUCUUCCUCACUCCCUUCUUCCAAUCCUGCUGUGCCUGGUCAGUGAAUAAUUUCCUGAUGACGGGCCCCAAGGCCUAUCUCAUCUACUCCAGCAGCGUGGCAGCCGGGGCGCAGAGCGGCAUUGAGGAGUGCAAGUUCCAGUUUGCCUGGGACCGCUGGAACUGCCCCGAGAGGGCACUGCAGCUCUCCAGCCACGGCGGGCUGCGCAGCGCAAACCGAGAAACCGCUUUUGUCCAUGCCAUCAGCUCUGCAGGCGUCAUGUACACGCUGACCCGGAACUGCAGCCUGGGGGAUUUUGACAACUGUGGCUGUGAUGACUCCCGCAACGGACAGCUAGGGGGGCAAGGCUGGCUGUGGGGAGGCUGCAGUGAUAACGUGGGCUUUGGGGAAGCCAUUUCCAAGCAGUUUGUGGAUGCCCUGGAGACCGGACAAGAUGCCAGAGCUGCUAUGAACCUGCAUAACAACGAGGCAGGUAGAAAGGCCGUGAAAGGGACCAUGAAGCGGACUUGCAAAUGCCACGGCGUGUCGGGGAGCUGCACCACCCAGACCUGCUGGCUGCAGCUGCCUGAGUUUCGGGAGGUGGGCACUUACCUCAAGGAGAGGUACCACAAAGCCCUGAAGGUGGACUUGCUGCAGGGGGCAGGGAACAGCGCUGCCAGCCGGGGCGCCAUCGCCGAGACCUUCAGCUCCAUCUCCAAGAAGGAGCUGGUCCAUUUAGAGGACUCUCCUGACUACUGCCUGGAGAACAAGACGCUGGGGCUUCUGGGCACAGAGGGCAGGGAGUGCCUGAAGAGAGGCAAGGCACUCAGCAAGUGGGAGAAGCGGAGCUGCCGGCGGCUGUGCGGGGACUGCGGGCUGGCGGUGGAGGAGAGGCGAGCCGAGAUGGUGUCCAGCUGCAACUGCAAGUUCCACUGGUGCUGUGCCGUGCGGUGCGAGCAGUGCCGCAAAAGGGUCACCAAGUACUUCUGCGUCCGCAAGGAGAAGCGGGAGCGGAGCGGGGGUGGCGGGGCCAGCCGCAAGCUCAAGAGAAAGCUCUAA